AUGGCCUGCUGCUCUAGCAAUGCAGAAUCAUGGAACUAUUACAACCAGGAUAAAUGGGAAAUUUAUUACAUAGAAUGUGGUAAUCAUAGGCAGUCACCAAUUGAUAUAAAUAGUCGUUUUACGGUGUCCAGUAACGCAGCACAGCUUCUGACGACCAAUGGCGAUAAACCAAAUAAUGCAGACGUCAUUGUCGAUGGCGACUCCGUGAUUAUAAAAGUGUCUGACGCCGUUUUCCCACUCACAUUGACGUACGGAACCGAAGAAUACGAUUUCGACAGUAUCCACUUUCACUGGGCUGACAAUUGUAAUCCCUCGUCGGAGCACAGUGUUAAUGGACAAUACUUUGACAUGGAAUACCAUGCUGUCUGGUAUAACAAGAAGUAUGGAAGUUUUGAUGCAGCUUUGGGAUUCGACGAUGGCUUAGCGGUUAUUGCUGAACCUGUUGUAAUAGAUGAUACACUUCUUACUUCGUUUUUAACACCAGUCGCGCAAUCACUUCCUCUUGCUGCUAGCACCGGCUCUGCUCCUUUGCCCGGUUUUCAACUUUGCAAUUAUGUGGAACCUGGUCAGCCAGGACCGUUGAAGGGCAACGUGUACUAUUCCUAUAGCGGUUCGUUGACCACACCAAAUUGUGGUCCAGUCAAUUGGAUUGUUGAUGGCGUACCUAAAAGAAUUUCUCGAGGAGAUUACAACUCGUUCGCAG